AGGUGGCUGGAACUUUGGCACUGAAAAGAUGACCGCCAUGUUGGCAACUCCAGAAAAUCGAGCUGAAUUUGUGAGCACGAGUAUCACAUUCCUUAGGACCAGGAACUUUGAUGGUUUGGAUCUUGACUUCGAAUACCCAGGAAGCAGAGGCAGCCCUGCAGAAGACAAACAGAGAUUCACACUUUUAGUCCAGGAACUGAGAGCUGCAUUUGAUCAAGAAGGCAUGGACACCGGGAGAGAACCCCUACUUUUGACUGCCGCUGUCGGAGCGGGAAAACCAACAGUUGAUGCAGGAUACGAAAUCGCCCUUAUUGCACAAGAGUUUGACUUUAUCAACUUGAUGUCAUACGACUUGCACGGUGCCUGGGAGACAUUCACUGGUUUGAACAGUCCUCUUUAUCCCAGAGCCGAUGAAGUAGAGCCACAGGAUCAACUCAAUAUUGAAUGGGCUGCUAACUAUUGGGUUGCUGGGGGAUGCCCUAAGAAUAAACUGGUCAUUGGGUUGGCCAUGUACGGAAGAACCUUUGAAUUGACUGACGUCACACAGUAUGGUGUCGGCGCACCUGUUAAGGGCGCGGGUGCUGCUGGUACUUACACGAGAGAGGGAGGUUUCGUAUCUUGGUAUGAGAUUUGUGCUUUCCUGAAUGCUGGAACUGGUAUUCGAACUUGGCAUGGCGAGCAUCAGUCUCCUUUCCUGAGGUACCCUGGUCCAGCCGGUACAGUUAACCAAUGGGCCGGAUAUGACGACACAGAGAGUUUGGCUCUCAAGGCUCAAUGGAUCAAAGAUCAGGGAUUCGCAGGAGGUAUGACAUGGGCUCUCGAUCUCGAUGAUUUCAACAAUCAGUGUGGAGGUGGUGUCUACCCCCUCUUGAACACCUGGGUGAACGUCCUCGGAGGUGCCACUCCUACUCCAGCCCCUACAACUACUGAUCCCUCUGCCACCACGACCACAGUUGCUGGUGCAACUACAACAGCUGGUACAACUACAACUGCUGGUCCCACUACAACUGCUGCUCCAACCACAGACUGCACUGGACUGGCAGAUGGUAAUUACGCUUACGAAGGAGACUGCACAAAGUUUAUCCAAUGUUCUGGUGAAAUUGGAACAGUUUUCGAUUGUGCGGCUGGUACAUGCUACAUCAAUGGGAUUUGCGAUUGGUGCGAUGGGUGCGCAUAAACACCAUCAUAUGUUAUCAGUUAAUUAUCAGUAUAAAUAUAAAUAAUUAUUUAUUAUGAUAAAGGCAUUAUAUUUUAACACUGUCUCAAACAUGUGUUUUUACACAUCACCUCACAGUGUUGUCAAUAACUUGAGCCUCGGAUAUAUCUGUAAAUGGCAAAAAAUAGUGCCUUCCUAAAUGAUCCUCUAUGGUACCGAGACUUUCUUAAAGAAUGGGUAUCGAUAUGGCGAACUUUUUCAACACACGUUUCUCUUAAACCAGUCAUCAAAAAUUUCUGAAA